CGGACGAGGAGGAAAGGAAGAUUAGGACGGAGGGAACAAGAAAAUCACGCAAAAAACAUCGUGCGGACUCUGUCCAAAUUUCCCUUUACAGCAGUUACUAUUUCGAGAAAGCAUCUGGCGAGAUCAUCGGGAAGGAAAUCUUUUCCCUGGACUUGUUUCUGUUUGAGUUCGGAGAGAUGUUUCGAAGGCUUUGAGGAGACCGAGGAGGUUGUGCGAGGCUUUGUAAGACAUGUAUUCAGAUUACGUACUACGUAGCCUAUCUGUAUGACAACUGCUUAUUGUGGUGAUACAUAAUUGCCCUCAAGGCAACAAACGAAGUAUCAACGGUAGCCUAUAGACUACAAAUGCAAAGCUACGUCGCUCUGUGAAUGAGAGAAUCAGACACAACCGUACAGCGGUCCGAAGUUCUCAGAGAAAACGUUGGUGAUAAUUUUCAGAGAAUUAUACAUCUAAAGGUCACUGCUGAUACAAUAUGCACGCGAGAAGGGCCGUGGGGAACUAUACACCCAACAUCUAAAGAUUUAAAUGUGUAUCUACUCUAUAGAUUAUGUCAUGAAUACAAAGCCCUUUGGAUAUGCAGAAAACUUUUGAGAAUGAAGAAAAGGAAAUUGCAGUUCCAGUAGCUCAUAUAGCCUGUUUACUUAGAAGUCGCCAAUUUACUGGAUUAUAGGCUACUCGCAGUUUGCCAAGUAAACUGUCAAUCAUUGUCCUUGUCCCACUGCGAUACGAGGUGGACAUAUUUUGGAUUUGGAAAGAUAACACUUUAGCCUACCAAAGCGACCGCACACGUGACGUGGAUUCUAAAUGUAACGCAAUCGUGAAGUUAUCGGUGCUGCAACCGUUUCCACGGUGUCUGUGAGAUCGAGAUUUUAACCUUAUAACUGGUGAAGGGAUUGCUUCCGCUGCGCGCUGGAAACCGCGGAAUUACCCCCCCGGAGACGUUUGUCGAAUUUGAGUGCCGAACGCGCUCAGUCCCCACAAGCCGCGAUGGAGGAGUGGAGACAAUGCGGCCGGUGGCUGAUAGACUGCAAGGUUUUGCCCCCGAACCACCGGGUUGUGUGGCCGUCUGCCGCCGUGUUCGACUUGGCCCAGGCGCUACGAGACGGCGUUUUGUUGUGCCAAAUGUUGCACAAUCUCUCUCCUGGCUCUGUGGACCUAAAAGAGAUCAACUUCAGACCUCAGAUGUCACAGUUCCUGUGUCUGAAGAACAUUCGGACCUUCCUCAAGGUGUGCCACGACAAGUUCGGCCUGCGCAACAGCGACCUGUUCGACCCCUUUGACCUCUUCGACGUCAGGGACUUCGGCAAGGGGGCUGUUGAUAUGACAUGA